AUGACCAAGACAGCCUUCAUGGGAGGGGCGUUGUCCUUCAAGGGCGACAAGAAGAAAAAGGCCAAGAAGAAGAAGAGCAAAUCCAAGCAUUCUGUGGACUCUGACGACAAGAAGAAGUACGAUGAUGACGAUGCGCUGAUUGUACGUGAAGACGAGGACGAAGAAUUGACGGAGGCCGAAAAGAAGGCAAAGAAGAAAAAGGAAGAGAGGGACAAGGAAGACCUUCAAAAGGCCGCCAGCAAAAGUCACCGCGAACGCAUUGAAGAUUUUAAUGAAAAGCUAGGGAAUCUCACAGAGCUCAACGACAUUCCAAGGGUGAGUGCUGCUGGUAAUGGUUAA